AUGAAGCGUUCGAGGGAAGAAUCAGACCAGGCCGGUAAUCAAGAUGGUAUCACUGGAAACAAGAGACGAAGAACGGCCAUUGCUUGCGCGGCAUGCAGAACUCGAAAAUCACGCUGCGAUGGGAAAAGGCCAAAAUGUUCGCCAUGUGAAGACAUGGCCUUUGAUUGCAACUACAUACAGUCGACCACAUCCCCUAAUGUUAUCGUUGGUAGAGACUAUUUGUCCACUCUGGAAAAUCGGGUUCGCACUGUCGAACAGGCUUUGGAGUCUGUCCAAAGCCAACUCGAUGACAUACGUGCGUCUGGGCAGACAUUUCGAGCGGAGAAUAUCAACGCAUCAGCCCCAGGUCAGAAUAGCUCACUGGUCGUGCAAGAUGUCAGUGAGGAUACCGAACGAGUUGACGCAAUGGGGGUUGUUGUUUUCACAAAUGAGGAAGAAUCUGGGUUUUUCGGGCCGUCUUCAAACAUUGCUUUCCUCCGCCAUAUCUCGCAAGCUGCCGCGGAGGCCAGUAAUGUUUCCUUUCACUCUCCUCGGGUCGAUUCGAGUUCUGAAUUCAUCGAUGGAGGGCUUUUCAGCUUCUCCAGAUCGAGUCCCCGUCGUCGAGAUUGCAGGAAUCAAUCUUCACAAAAUGUCGACUUGUUUGUAUUGCCCUCGGAAUCCGUUGUCAUGGACUUACUCAGCCAAUUUUUCUCUUAUCCCGGAUACCUCUAUCCUUACAUCCAUGAAGACACAUUCAUCGAGACUUACAUUCAGAUUAAGGACUCCAGUCGUCCCACGGUUCGGAGGACCUGGUUGGGAUUAUUCAACAUCAUCCUUGCCAUGGCCGUUGGUACUAGGAUCAAUGUUGACAUUGACGCGACUAAACGAUUCGAGGGCUCCGACAUCUAUUAUCAAAGAGCCGUUGGUCUUUGUAGUAAGCAAAUUAUGCGAGGAACAAGUCUGGAAAUUGUACACUAUCUCUUGAUCUUGGGCCAAUAUCUUCGGGGCACUCAAAAGUCGAUUGAAGCUUGGGUCGUUCAUGGGCUGGCGGUGAAAGCAGCCAUGCAGCUAGGGCUUCAUUCAAGCGAGUGUUCUAGAGGGCUUCCUCCGUUAGAACAGGAAAUUCGAAAGAGAACCUGGUUUGGCUGUGUUGUGCUUGACAGAACCCUCAGCAUGACUUUCGGACGUCCAUCAGCAAUUCCAGACUCGUACGUUCGACUCGAAAUGCCCAGCGAGAAGUUUUUCUAUCCGCAGCCCCACCUCUCAUCUUCGUGGGAAGCAAAGAACCCCUUGAAUGUGGCUUUUUUUGCCAGCACAAUAAAACUCUAUCAAGUUCUUUGGAAUGUUCUCGAUCAACUCUAUGGCCAAAACAUCGGCUGCGAAAAGCCACCCGGAAUAAGUGAGACAGUCACUCGCCUAUUCGGGAUCGAACAGCAACUCCUCACCUGGGAACAGAACUUGUGUCCUGACCUCCAAAUUUUGACACAUUAUGAUCUAGCCGCCCAAACAGGCCAGCCGGACUUAGACCACACUCAGAGAACCAGGCAAAGACUAAGAACCAUAUUGACUCUACGAUAUUUGAACAUUCGACUUCUACUGCACCGGCCGAUCCUCGUCAAGUUCCUGGAUUCACGCAACGGAGUGAAGAGGGAUACCAACGAGAUGAAGAUGUUGCAACAAAUUGGAUCCCACAGCAUCCAGGUGUCCAUGUGUACGGCCUCUGAGAUUAUUUCGAUCGUUCACAUGAUAGUCACGGCAACAGGCUAUCAAAGAAAACUGGUGGGGGCAUGGUGGUAUACAUUGUAUUUCACCUUCAACGCCGCCCUAGUCGUCUUUGGAAGCUUCCUGGUUAGCCGCUCACAGAACGUCGCAUCCGACCAAUUCUUCAUCAUCACAGCUGACGAGGCAAUGGAACAUCUGACUCGAUCACUUCGGGCGCUCGAGCUGCUUGACAGGGGAAACCACAUGGUGGAGCGGUGUCGACAUUAUUUGCACCUUCUGUUUACCGUGCUGAAAGCUACAGAAGCACCGAAAUCAACAUCAACCUCGACGAGGGUGAUGAUUCCAGAAGAUCUGAUGGUUUCUCCGAGUUUGCCGUUUACGUUUGGGGUGGGCAAUGAUUUCGGUCCGGAAGAGUCGUCGCUGGGUAUGAAUGUCAACGACUUUUUGGGGAUUAAUUUCAAUUUUUAA